GAGGUGGGUGGUACCUCCGUGAUUCAGCAUGUCUGCUUGUACAGGAAUAGCUGGGAAUUAAGCCUCUGCCAGCAUAACCCUGUUAUCACGCCAGGGCCUUUUUAAAACGAUGUCUCACCCCGUGUAAUAAGGUGGGCUUUGUUUUCGGUUACCUGCCCGUCUGGCCGCCUAGGGAAGAGGCGGCUGUGUGUGAUUGCGAGGCCGGCGUUGCAGUCAGGACGUCCCGAAGGGGCCCCGGCCGGCAUGCCGUGCACCUGCAGGAACUGGAGGAGGUGGAUCCGGCCGCUGGUGGUGUGCCUGUACGUGCUGCUGCUGCUGGUGGUGCUGCCCUUUUGCGUGUGGGAGCUGCAGGAAUCCGGGGUUGGUACCCACAACAAAGCAUGGUUUAUCGCCGGGAUAUUUGUGUUCAUGACCAUUCCCAUCUCGCUAUGGGGCAUACUGCAGCACCUCGUUCAUUACACACAGCCCGAAUUGCAAAAACCUAUCAUCAGAAUCUUAUGGAUGGUGCCGAUAUACAGUUUGGACAGUUGGAUUGCCCUAAAGUACCCCAGCAUCGCCAUCUACGUGGACACGUGCAGGGAAUGCUACGAAGCAUACGUCAUCUACAACUUCAUGAUCUUCCUGCUGAAUUACUUGGCCAAUCAGUACCCCAGCCUGGUGGUCAUGAUGGAGGUCCAGGAACAGCAGAGACACUUACCGCCGCUAUGCUGCUGCCCGCCGUGGCCGAUGGGGGAGGUUCUUCUGUUCAGGUGCAAGCUGGGCGUUCUUCAGUACACCGUGGUCAGACCCUUCACUACUGUCGUAGCUUUGAUCUGUCAGCUAUGUGGUGUGUAUGAUGAGGGCAACUUCAGCUCCAGGAAUGCCUGGACCUACCUGGUGAUAGUCAACAACUUGUCCCAGCUGUUUGCCAUGUACUGCCUCGUGCUGUUCUACAAGGCCCUGCGAGAUGAACUCAGUCCAAUUCGUCCGGUGGGGAAGUUCUUGUGUGUCAAGCUGGUGGUGUUUGUGUCCUUUUGGCAGGCCGUGUUUAUUGCUUUUCUGGUGAAGGUGGGAGUCAUUUCAGACUCUCAUACCUGGGACUGGGACAGUGUGGAAGCUGUUGCCACGGGACUCCAGGACUUCAUCAUCUGCGUGGAGAUGUUCCUGGCUGCCAUUGCUCACCACUUCAGCUUCACGUAUAAACCGUACAUCCAGGAGGCUGAGGAGGGUUCCUGCUUCGACUCCUUCCUGGCCAUGUGGGACGUGUCGGACAUCAGAGCCGACAUUUCGGAGCAAGUGCGUAACGUUGGGAGAACGGUUCUUGGCCGACCCAGAAAGCUGUACUUUGGUGAAGAAGAUCAAGACCAGAACGAGCACACGGGCCUGCUUUCGGGGGGCUCCCAGGAACCUGCCGUGGAGGCUGCCUCCAUCCCCUCCUCCCCCAGGGGGCGCUACCAGGGCUUCGGCCGUACCGUGACGCCCCACUCCCUCUCAGCCCCGGCUGGGCUCAGCUCCGCUUCCUGGGAUGAGGACACCAGUACCUCCGGUGUCCCCACGGACAUUCUCAACACAAACAACAACACGGUCUCGUAAUUGGGUCCCUCGUACCGCCCUUUGUAAACUCCAGCACCAUAGGCCCAUCUGAGGAAUGCCCUUCUGAGAAGCCAGGCCUGUUCUAGAUCCACAUACUCCGUGGGUGGGAGGUGCGCAUGCUGCUCUUACAGCUGAUGGGGCAACCAGUACCUACUGUCAGAAUGACCGUGUUUCCGUUUCUUGAAUUUUUGAUGUUCCUCCGUGGUCCAUUGUCCUGUUUGAAGACCAGCACCUGGAGUUCUGGUGACCUUGCCUGCCAUCCUCAGAGCUCAGCGGUCUGGUCUUCCGAUUAUUUAUCUACAUCUCGUGGUAUUUAUCAGCUGAUGCCUUCAAUGAGUUUUAAACCUGCGCACUCAAAGCCUUGGGAAACACUAUUAACCGGUUGCUUUAGGGAUCGACGCCAAGCAGUGAUUUCUGAGCCGGGGAGGUGCGUCGAAGGGUGUCUGCUCACAGUAGCUCUUAAAGAAAAGCCGGUAACCUGAAUCUCUAUAGAAAUCUUAAGCACAUACCUGGAGUCAGGUAUCUGCUAGGGGAAUGAGUAUAUCGGCAGUAUAUAUGCUCUAAGCCAGGGUGGAGGCAGACCAGUUAUACGGAGAAGCAGCCAUGGGUGUCUUCGGUUUGUUAAUUGCCGUGCCUGCUUUGGGACAGGCUGCCAUUGUGUGUCACCACUUCAUAUCCCAAAGUUGAAGGAGAAGCUGUCUCUGCAGGAUAAGUUUAAUGGUUGAUGAUGUUGCAAUUUUUUCACCCGAGUGAAAAGGUGGGGGGAUAUUUGUGGUUGAUUGUUACUCCAUUUUUAUGCUUUUUUUUAUUAUUAUUACGAAUAUUCAGAUAUUCCUGAGGGCCUCUACCAUGCUUGGUACACGGUUAGACAUAAAACGGUGUGACAGGUGUUUUUUGUAUGAAAAUGAAUGGCAUGAAAGGGAGAGGGAAAAAACUUUCAAUGGUAUGCCAGAAAACAGCUUUAUUUACUGCAGGUGGAUAAUACAAUAGCAAACUAUUAAAACCAGUUACCGUUUCUGC